AUGGAACAAAUAGAUGUCAUCAAAGAUGAAUUUAAAGAGAUUAUUAUCAUUUUAUCAAGAGAUAAACAGAUCGAUAGAGAUGAUACUACAAGAGACAUUAACAAAUACAACGAUAAUAGUCAAGCAAAACAAAGAUUCAAAGAGCAUGCUUUAUCAGAUCCUAACGAUACAGUAUCAUCGUUACUCUUUUUAUUAUACUUACCUAUUCAGGGUUUAGAUCAAACUUUACUCAAAACAACUCUUACAGAUACCUUUAGACAACAUUUAUUUGGUAUCAUUGAAUCAUUUGCUACUUGCUUUGUACCUAUAGGUGAAUGGGAUGAUUUAGAAUCAUCAAUAUUAAAAGUAGAAAAAGAAGGAUCACCAAUCUUAAAAGAUAAUACUAUGGCAUUGAUCAAUGUAUUGUCAAAAUAUGACUUUAAAAAAGAGAAACAAGAGAUGUUGAUAGAGAUGAUCAAGUCUGAAGAUGACUCUUUUCUGAAAUUGACAGAAAAACAGUAUCGAUCAUUCAUGCCAGUUCUACUAUCAUUAAUGCUAGAACAAAUCGAUGUGGUUGAUAACUUUUUUCUAAAGAUGUCUAUCCCCAAGCUGAAAAGAAUCUUUGUCGAGAACACUAAUACCACAGCAUGGAUACAAGAAUUCACUCCACAGAUUAUUGAAACGUUGAUCCUGGUGUUGGAUAGCCACCAUGAAACAGGAUACAUCGACACAAAAAGUAUAAUAAUGGAUUAUUUGUUGUAUGUGAUCAGCAUAUGUACCGAUAUUCACAUUGAGAGGAUCACCUUUCAUUUGUACGAAUGGUUGACCCAUGUCAGAGAUUUGUCACUGGAAGAGUGGACAGACAGCUUUCCAGCAGAGAAUAAUAUUUUAAAUAAUGGAAUCUCCAACAACAUUUAUGAUAACAUUUGCUUUGAAGAGAGGGAAAAUGACAUUAUCCCAACAAACUAUCCCAUCGGAAAUCUAGAUUAUGAACGAGAUGACAUUGAAAUAGAUUCAAGUUUUUCUCAGUUCUCAACUGGUGCCGCAGUUUAUCGACAUGAUGUUAUAAUACCAAUUUUCAAACAUUUCAACAUCUUUUCAAAUUCUCAACAAUCGUGGAAACAAAGAUAUGCAGCAUUGGUUGGUUUGUUUAGAUUUCGUCAUUCCCUUUAUGGCAAAUUGUCACUUCAAUUUCCACAAGUUUUAGAAUCAGUAUUAAAAUUGGUUGACGAUGAAGAUAUUAGAGUUAGAUGGGCAUCAUUACACUUGUUAAUUCAAUUAAUUAAGUUUGUACAAUUGGAAGACAAGUCAAGAAGAGAACAACUAUACUCUGUGAUUGAAACAUUAAUCUCAAAAUCCAUUGGUGAUGAUCAAAAUGAACGUAUUCAAAGUAGCUGUUGUGUAUUCCUCACGUCUUUGAAAUAUUAUAAUAUUUCUGAUCACCUCGUAAAAGGUUUAUCAAGUUUGUUUGUAAUACUUCUUCAAUCUCCAAAAUUACAUGUAGUCGAAAAUACAUUAUUGUUGGUUGUAAAUAAUAUUGUCCAAGUUGGACCUGAAUCUAGAAAUAUCAUUCCAAUUCUAUUAUCUUUAUUGGAUAAACAUCAUGCAACAAAAGAAUCAAGAUUAAUACGUUGUCGUGCAAUAAGGGCAUUUUCAUUAUGUGGUUCGUUGAUGGACAAGAAGAUAUUUUCAAAAGAGUUAAUCAAGUUUAUGGUUUUUGUUAAAAAGAAUGAAGAAUCGUUUGAUUUGAUUCUACAUGUUUUGAUAGCAUCGAAUUUAUUUAUUAAAGAUAUUGGCAAAUCAUUUUCAGUGUAUUUACCAAUGAUCAUCAAGAUUAUUUUCAAGAUACUAGAGAAACCAUUUCUCAGUCAAGAAGAAGAAGAAGAAAUGAAUACAUCACCCAAUAUAAAGAUAAUACUCCCAACUCUAAGGAAUUUGAAUAGAAUAAUGCAUUCCGGAGUUUAUGAACAUUUGGCACCAUUUGCACAUCUAUUGGUAGACCCACUACUCAACUUGGUCAAGAGUCCAUUCGAACUCUAUAUUCGAAUAAAUUCCCUGGACAGUUUACCAACUUGUAUGAAACUGUCCAAGAUGCAAUUUGGUGAUCGUGAUGGUGACAAGACUCUAGAGAUGUUUACAAAGAUACUCGAUACGUUACUCUUAUCAAAUCCACUCGAACCUGAUCACUAUUUCUUUUUGCAAUAUCGUAUCGACACGGGAUCAAAAGUUAUCAAAUCAAUGGGCAAUGAUGCAAUGACCCCCGAUCAUAUUCAGUCAAUACUAUGCAUAUUAUCCAAGAUGGAGGAAAAGUUGUACAACAUUAAAGAACAGGUACAAAAUGAAAAUCUAGAUGAAAUUGGCGAUGAGGAUGAAGAAGAUGUUCUAAAUUCAACCUAUGGUGGAGUUGCUAGUAUUUAUCAGAUGAUAGGCCAAAUCAUCAAACAAAAUAAUCUCGUGGCGGUAUCUCUUAUAACCUCUGAACUCUUGGACAGAGCAUGCAAGAAACUAGGAGAAUUUGAAGAAUUAGAUCAUACUGACAAGGGAGGUAUACUCUAUUUUAUGGCUUGGUAUUUGGAAUUUGGUGGUGACUUGGCCAUCAACUCUUUCAAAUUUAUCAUACCAACCAUUAUCAAGUGUAUAACCCUCGACGAUGACAUUGUGCGAAUCAACCUUUCAGAUGCACUUGGAUCUGCAGCAAAAAUUGGAAAGGAUAGAUUCUCACCAUGGAUCAAUGAAGCGUUACUGGCACUUGACACUUUGAUCUCUGAAACCGAGACAGACUACCAACAUUUCAGGGAUUUUGCCAUAUCGAAUAUUGGUAAAAUCAUUAGAUAUGUCCCUCAGGUCAAUGUCAAUGUUAUGAUUCCUAAAUGGUUGAGCCUUCUUCCCAUAGAAGACAAGAAAGAAAAUAUUAAUGUCAUUCAUAAUCUAUGUGCCAUUGUCCAUCUAUACCCCAAACAGUGUUUAUAUGUUGAAGAACACAAAGAUGUACCCCAAAUUUUUUAUAUCUUUGAUUAUUACAGACAGACGUAUCAACCACCACAACAAGAGAAAGAAUUACUCUCACAAACUUGGUCAUUUGUCAAAGAAUCAUUCACACCUAUCGAUACAGAGAAGACAUCAGUUAUGUUAUCAUACUAUUUGGAUCAAUAA